GGAAGAGUGGAUCAAAAAGUAAAUAAUGCCUUUUAUGUUUGAAGUUAACUUUGGGUUCUAUGCUGAUUUAGAUUGUUGUUUCUGCAAAGUUUAAAUACGACUUCAAAUGAUCCUUAUUUUUCCUUUGGGCCAAGCUUAUGGAGGCAUCAAAGAGGAGGGGAAGAAGACUUAAUUCUUAGGAUUUUCAGACUGACACUCAACUUUGCCUAAAAGAACCAUCUUGAAGUUAUUUUUAGGCGGACAGUUGAAUAUUAGAUUUUGUUUCAUAGCUCCAUUGAAUUUUUUCACCUCUUUGGGGAUGUAAAUGUAUCCCUUCGAGUUCUAAACUUCUUCUAAUUCGUCUACGUGGAGAUCAUGCUUGAGUAAAAAAUAAUAACGACUUGUGGUCUAGCACGAGAGGCUCUAUAUCUGCUCCGAGAGAGAAAAGAUGGGUUUGACAUUGUGAUCAGUGAUGUUAACAUGCCUGACAUGGAUGGAUUUAAGCUUCUGGAACAUGUUGGACUUGAGAUGGAUCUGCCCGUCAUAAUGAUGUCUGUUGAUGGUGAAACAAGCAGGGUGAUGAAGGGUGUUCAACACGGUGCAUGUGAUUAUCUCUUAAAGCCUAUACGGAUGAAAGAACUUAGGAACAUAUGGCAGCAUGUACUCAGAAAAAAGAUGCAGGAAGCAAGGGACAUUGGAAAUCAUGAACUGGACCAAUAUGAUGAAGUGUGGAUGCUUAAUGGAGCUGAAAUCCUUUCAGGAAAGAAGAGAAAAGAUUUUGAGAAUAAGCAUGAUGAAAAAGAAAUGUCUGAUUCAAGAUGUGUUGAUUCUUCUUCCAUGAAGAAAGCCAGAGUAGUUUGGACUAUAGAACUUCAUCAGAAAUUUGUCAAGGCUGUAAACCAGAUUGGAUUUGACAAAGUUGGUCCCAAGAAGAUCCUUGACUUGAUGGGUGUCCCAUGGUUGACUAGAGAAAAUGUUGCUAGCCACUUGCAGAAGUAUCGCCUCUACUUGACUAGGUUGCAGAAAGAAGAUGAAGUUAAAGGCUCAUUUUGUGGGAUGAAGCAUCCAGAUGUUUCUUGUAAAGAAACUUCUUCAAGUCUCAGCCUUCAGAAUCCAGUGGAUGUGUGCACCGAUGUUACAAAAGACAAGCGUGGUGGUGUUUCUGAAGACAAAGCUAUUGUUCAUAACGGGAAGGUAAAGGGUGUUGUUUCAAUGCCAACGGCAGAGCCUAGGUCUGUGGUUGAAGAUAACUUUGAUUCUCAGACUGCUGGUUCAAAGAUAGGCCUCAACGAUUCCUUUGGAUUGAUCAAUACUGAUGUAAAAAGUGCUACGGUACCCACACCAUAUUGCUCUACUGGAGAAGCUCCACAACUUCCAUACAAGCAAGACUUUCCACCACAUUUUCAAUCAGAAAAUGGGUUAAGUCACCAGCCACUGCCUGUGCUUUCUCAUCAAAUCGCAGUUGAUCGCACACGAGCGACAAGUAUUCUCAACCAUGUACCUUCUCGUGAAGAGAGGGACAGACAUCCAAAUACAGAACCUAAACCUUCUUUCUUCAAGAGCAAAAGUGAAGGAGCAGGAAAAUUUUCUCCAGUAGAAAGUACUGUUAACUUGUUUCAACCUGUGAGCCAUCAUCAACAAACAAAUUUUCAUACUCCCGAGCAAAUGCCAAGUACUACAUGGAGUGCGACGAGUCACAAUGUAGUCAAUGUUACGCAAUCAAGCGCAAGAAAUCUAACUUUGGGAAGUGGAUCAAUUGUUGCAUCUCUAGGCGGGGACAUGUGUGGUGCUUCUAUUCAAGGGGAAUGUUUUCCAGCUAAUAAUGGUCUUUGGAACAUAGAACAAUUUGAUUACAAUGAUCCACAUCCCAUUUCUGGAGUUCCAACAUGCUUGUAUGAUACAUUGAGGUUUGAUUAUGAGUAUCCAAUUGAUUCAUUGGAUGGUAUUGUGAUGGACCAAGGUCUGUUCAUAGUCUAACCUUUAUCCCGUUGGAAGCUUUAGAUGGUAGACGUAUAUAUGCAUUGCUCAUCAACAACUGCCAUGUUGCUUCUCGACUAAAGAUAGCUUCCCAUGAAAGGAGGAGGGGGGGCCUUGUAAGGAAGUGCUUUUGAUUUUGGUGGGGUGGAAGAUCAUCUUCACAAAAAUGUACUUGAGAGCAAUGGCAAAUUUUUAGUACAAUAAGCAAGUUUCUUGAACAACUUACUAGUCAAAGCAUGCUUAAUUAUCUGGUAUUGUAAGUAGAUUUAGUGAGGCCCAGCAUGCAAAUUGUUGUGUUACCAAAAAGGAGCUUUUGCAACUUGUUACUAUUAUGAAGGUUUAUACAAGAUCUGAAAGGGAAACUGCUGGAGUGUGGUCCAGUCACAAACUC